AUGGAUAUUGAAGAAUACAAAAAACUUGCAAGAAAUAAAAUUGAAGCUGACACUUUAACUCAACAGGUUAGAGAUGUAAUAAAAGUAACAAAAUGGCAAAAACAAGAUGCUCGGGAAGGUUUUAAAGAGACAUUUAAACCACUUAUUAAAUCUCAAGAUUCUAUUAAAAAAAGUAUUGAUGAGCAGCAAAACGCAACUAUAGCACAACUCCAAGCUAAUCAACUUGCUCUUACACAAGGUUUAAAUCAAAACAGAUUAGCUAUAACUCAAGGAUUAGAAAAUUUAAUAUAUCAACCAAUUGAAGGACAAGCUGAAGGACAAGCAGAAGAACAAGAUGAAGGAAAAGCUGAAGAACAAGAUGAAGGAAAAGCUGAAGAACAAGAUAAAGAACAAGAUAAAGGACAAGAUGAAGCAAAAAAAAUAAUAAAUAUAAAUCCUGAUUAUUACGAUCAAUAUUUAAUGAAUGAAAAAAGCCAAACUAUACUUUUAAAUUAUGGUUAUGAUAAUUUACCUUCUACAUUUUUAAAUGAAGGUAUAAUUGAUAUUAUUUCAACAAUUAAUAAUGUUUCAGAAGAUUUAAAAGAUAUAUAUAACAAAAAGAAAACAAGUAUCAGAUUAUAUAACAAUAAUAGUGGUUAUCAAUUAGCAACAUCAAUAAGUCAAAAUCCAAGAGAAGAAACAAAAAAAACUAUAGAUGAAUACAACACAUUAUCCACAUAUUAUACCAAUUUAACACGUCUUAAAGAAGUAAAAUUAAAAAUGACAGGCUCUGGAAUAAAUUACUUUAACAACCCACAUCAACUUAUAGACAGACUUGAAUUACUCAGUGGAUCAAUUCUUGCUGGGAAUAAUGGUGUAGUGCAAGAGUUUUCUGAAAUAGCACAUCUUCUUAACCAAAUGAAAGUAAUUACAAAAAAACAACUUAACGAACUACUAAAAACUUAUAUAUAAUAACACCCCUCCCUCUCAAAUAAUAUAGUUAUUAGAUAAAAUGGAAGAACGAGCUAUUCACAUUUCCUCAAUAAAUAGGGAAAAAAGAGGAACAAGUAAACCUGGUGAUUUUACUAUUAAGUUUAAUCCAUCUUUGAAACUUGACCCUGAAAAGAAACAUAAACUUGCUCUUGAUCGGCUGUCCAUGACUUAUUCUUGGUACAACAUUAGAAGUGAUUAUGGAAACAAUAAAAUAAAAUACACUCAUGAUGGAAGGACUUGGCAAACAAUUACUUUUACAGAUGGAAUGUAUUCCUACUCAGAUAUUAAUGAUUACAUUCAUCAGUAUAUGGAGAAAAAGUCUCAUCACUCAACAGAUUCAAGUGGAAAAAAAACUUAUUCAAUCAAUCUAACUUUUAUACUAUCUACUUAUCGAGUGUUAGUAUCACUUGAUGGUGAUUAUCAAUUAGAUCUAAGAGGAACAGAAUUUGGAGACCUGAUUGGAUUUGAAAAGAAACUUAUUACAAAAACAGAGUAUGGAACAAAACUACCAAAUAUAACAAAUUCGAUUGAUGUAUUAAAUAUCAACACAACCGCAAUAACUGAUAGCAUUGUAAAUGGAAUAAAUACAAAUACUAUUGCUGUGAUACCAACUGAUAAUCUUACAAGGUCUUUUCCAUUUACUUUUGAACCUAAAAGACCAUUGUAUUGUCCUGUAUCUUCAUUUAACAUUGAUGAAAUGAGGAUUUAUGUGACAGACUCAGUUGGAAGACCAGUAAAUUUUAAUGAUAUAGAUUGGUUUAUGACUUUAAUACUCCAUUCAAUGUAAACCCCUCCCUCAACUAAAUAUAUAUUCAUUAGAUAAAAAUGAGUAGACAAUCAGAGUUUAAAAAAAAACUUGACCCUGAAAUGGGGCGAUUUACUAAACAACACAUAUAUGGAGAAGGAAUAACAGAUGUGUUUAAAUCUAUUGGUUCUAAAUUAUUUGGAAAGACAGUUAAAUCAGCUGCUAAAAAAGGUGUUGAAAAAACACUAACAACAGCUGCAACAAAAACUGGUGAACAUGCUGGUAAGAAGGCUGGUGAUAAAAUAGUGCAAAUGUUAUCAAAAAACACUUCCUCCCGAAAACCCCCUUCUAAAAAAGUUAAUUUUAAUAAAAAUGUCGAAACAAUAAAUCAACAAGAGAUAGAUCAAAUGUUGAAUAACCUUCUUAGUGGUGGAUCAACACGUAAGAGAAAAAUUAUAUAAUUAUUAAAAUAAAAAUGAAGUCAUUUAGAAAUCCAAAAUAUUUAGAUAGAUAUGAAGAUGUUGUAUUUGACUUGGAACAGUCUCUAGAUACUGCUCCAGCAAAUAACGCUCACCAAACUAAAACAGGUCUUAGAUUUGUAGCUGAUAAUACAGGAGAAACUACUACUUUUGAUUGGUAUAACGCCAGACUAUCAAUGGAUUUUAAAGUAAAUAAACUAGCAGAUGGAGGAAAUAUUGCGGUUGCUGACCAUAACGGAAUUGUAAAUGGUAGCAAUUCAUUUAUAGAAAAAUUAAGUAUCCUAGCAAAUGGUCGAGAAGUUUAUAGUUGUAACUAUGCAAAUCAUGUUGUAAAUAUUAAAAAUUUACUUGAGUAUAAUCCUUCAUAUGCACAGAGUGUUGCUACAAAC